CCGCAGCAGCCCUUCUCUCCUCCCCCGGCCCUGGAGAGCCCCUUGGAGGCCGGCUGGAUGCGCUGGGGGCGCCACUGAAUUCAAAUCCAGCCCCAGACACCUACGGGCUGCGAGACCCUGCCCAAGUCUCGGAACGUUUGCCUCAGUUUCUCCAUCUGUAAAACGAGCUGGAGCAGGACUUGGCCGUCCUCUCCAGUGUCUUUGCCAACAUGGGGUCAUGGAGGGACGGGCCUGACCCAAAUGGCUGUACCCAUUGUACAGAUGAGGCAGCUGAGUCCCUGGGAAGUUAGGGGACUUGCCUAGGGUCGCAGCGUCAUGGAGUCGGUUUGGUUGUGGGCUGGAAAGAGCCGUUCAGACGACCAGACGUGGGACAAAGAAGCGGGGGUGAAGGCGGGUGCCAGGAAUGGCCAGCGGUGCCGGCUUGGCGCCAGCCCGUGCCCGGGCCUGAGGGAGGUGGCGAUGGUGCCCGUGCUCUUCUGCCCCCCUUUGCUUCUAUUGGCAGGUGGGUUUUUCCUGAGCACUUUUUCAAUGCCAGCAUCAUCUCAUAAGGGAGGGCACGUGGCCCCCGCUUAGCCCCUGCCUGGCACAGCAGGCACUUGAUGCUUAUCCGGCACUUUUAACUGGGCGUGUGCGUGCACAUGUACCUAUGUGUAUAUGCAGUCUGCAAGCAUCAGGGUUACAUGCCUGUCCGCGCACACGUUUAUACACUGGCUCGUGCACUUUUAGAACAGGACUUUCUCGAGAGCCGCGACCGUCUCACUUCUUCCUGCCCAUCACGAUAAGUGCUUGCUCACUGACUUCUCCUUCGCUCACGUUCCCUCCUGUCCCGCCCCCAGUGCUUGGGCUCCGUAUUCUGUCCACAGACCGGGGUCCUUUCCCCUGACAGGCCGUUCCUCCUGAGUUCUGAGACUGUCGGGUGUGGAGGAGGAGCAAGCCACACGGGGUCUCAGCUGCCUGCUUCUCUCCCUGGGGGUGCAGUUCUGGCCGGCGACGCCGAAGCGUUCAGGGAACACUCCCCAAGGGAGUGCCGGGCCUGGAGUCGGGAGGACGCGACCUCCAAAUCCUUCCUCAGACACUCGUCAGCUGCGCAAGGCACUUAACCUGCUUAACUGCACCCGGAGAAAUAAACAACUCUAGCACUUUGCCAAGGAAACCCCAAAACAGAGGCCCGGAGAGUCACCAAGGGCCGGGGGCUGUGGGGAGAAGCCAGAGAAGGGCGCGAGGAGAGCUAAGGAGUGCCGAGAAAGGACGGCAUGUUCUGGGCCGGGGAUCUCGGGAGCGGCUCUCCCCUGAGCUCUCUUUCUCCACGUGCGUUCCCGAGGUAACCACCAGCUUGGACCUUGGUGGAAACGCGGAAUAAGAACAUGGAUGGAAGCAGAAGCAACUUCCACUGCCUCAAACGAGUCUCACGUGGAAAUGUGGGCUUCUGCUGUACAAGCUUUGUCCGCUGCGCAGGUAAACGCCUCUGCUAAGGAUCCCGUUAGCAGCCUCAGCCGGGGCCUUUCUCAGUUCCCUUCCGAGCCCCUCCGAGACCCCGCUGGCCGAGGGUGGCGCCGGGGACGCUGACGGGGCACUCAGGGAGCCGGGCGUCAGAUGGGCGCCGUCAGCCGGUGUCAGCUUUGUCACCGGGAAGCCUCCUUGCCUCGGUGGUCCUCGGUGACUAGUGGCGAGAGCCGCUAUUCUGAAGUUGCUAAGAAGCCACCCAGCAGCGCGCCCAAGUUGGCCGCCAUGCCCGCUCCUGGCCGGCUGGGAACCAUCUCAAGCCGUUCCCCCGGCACCGGCUGUCUGGGAAGGUCAGUAGCCCGGACUUGGCUACAAGACCAGCUGAGGAAGCUCCCACUUGGCUCUGAGAAGGGGGGAGAGAAAGGGCGCGAGCCUUUAUGUCCCACCUGCGGGCUCCAGCACUUCUGUGGCGUCUCUGGCCGCAGCUCGGACCGGCCGGAGGUGCCAAGCGGCGAUGCAGCUGCGUGCGCUCCGGGCGCGCUCCCAGGGACGCCCGCCAGGGGGCAGAGUCUCGCUACGGAAUCUUGGCAGCCACUGGGAGGCAAGGUGAACCAUAGUAAGAAUGCGAAAGACAGGAGCCCCCCCGCCCCCGCCCCCCAAGGAUAUUCAAGGUCCCGAAAAGUCAACAGAAUGGCUCACAGCCCUUUUCAGCCUAACGGAGUCACCCAAACUUCUCAGUCUCUGCCUAGCGGUUUCCAAGAGGGGGUGGAGGAUGCCCACAAAGGCUGAGGAAAGCAGCAGGCCGGUCUGGGAUCUACAAAUUCAGAAUUGGGACUGUGGCCAGGAAGCCUGAGGAUUUCUAGGGUCGCUUCGGAAGCUCUGGGACCUUGCAGACAGGACCGGUUGGCUGUGGCUUGGGCGGUGGCAGUGGGCACGGUUACCACAGGCACCAGACCGCCCUCGCUGAAGACACGUGUGUGAUACACUGCCACAGCAAAGGUGGCCUACUCAGGCCCCGCAGCGAGGUCGAAUGUCAUUGAGAAAUGUUUAAAGAAACAAAAUAUAAUAAAACACAAAUAAUAUAGAGUUGAAUAGCCCCCUCAAGGAUCUGUUC